CAGUUCUCACAAGCAGGGAUUUUACACAGCAACUCAGGACGAACGAAAUGAGCUGCCCCAGAGCCGCUACAAAAUGCUGGAUGGACACCUUCUCCUGGGAUGGUUAUCAUUUACCAUUAUAGUGCUUCUGAUCAGCUUGCCUGGACCGUGCACGGCUUACUUCGGGCUAACAGGUAAUGAACCCUUGUCCAUUUUGCCACUGAGCUCACAGCCAGACGAAAGGGCGGGCAAGGCGCACUACAAGCUGUGUGAUCGACUCAAACUGGAAAAGAAACAGCGCAGAAUGUGCAGACGGGACCCUGGCGUGGCCGAGACCCUAAUGGAGGCCAUCAGCAUGAGUGCCUUAGAGUGCCAGUAUCAGUUCCGCUUUGAGAGAUGGAACUGCACCUUAGAGGGCCGCUACAGGGCUAACAUUUUAAAGAGGGGCUUCAAGGAGACGGCAUUCCUCUAUGCCAUCUCUUCAGCAGGCCUGACCCACGCCAUGGCCAAAGCCUGCAGCGCUGGCCGCAUGGAGCGCUGCACCUGUGACGAGGCUCCUGAUCUGGAGAACCGCAAGGCUUGGCAGUGGGGAGGCUGUGGAGACAACCUCAAGUACAGCAACAAAUUUGUCAAAGACUUCCUGGGUAAGAGAUCCAACAAGGAUCUCCGCGCCCGGAUAGAUAUGCACAACAGCAAUGUAGGAAUGAAGGUGAUCAAGGCGGGGGUGGAGACCACCUGUAAAUGUCACGGGGUUUCGGGAUCGUGUACUGUGCAAACAUGCUGGAGGCAGCUGGCACCCUUCCACGAAAUCGGCAAGCAGCUCAAGCAGCGCUAUGAGACUUCAGUCAGAGUGGUCAACCCCUCCAACGAGGCGACUGGGGAGGGGGAGAUCUCCCAGACCCGAUCCCAGGGGCAGCAGCCCUCUCCGGGCCCUCGAACUGAACUCAUUCCCCGCACCUCUGACCUUCUUCACAUCGAGGACUCACCGAGCUUUUGCAGGCCUAGCAAGUAUUCGUCAGGCACCAUGGCCCGCAAAUGCUACAAGGAUAAGAACUGUGAGGCCAUCUGCUGCGGCCGGGGCCACAACACUCAGAGCCGGGUGGUGACGAGACCGUGUCAGUGCCAGGUGCGCUGGUGCUGCUACGUCGAAUGCAAAGAGUGCACACAAAGAGAAGAGGUUUACACCUGUAAGGAGUAAAACCCUCACGACCAUGCAGAAUAUCUCUAACCAGUCUGAAUGAGUGGAAGGCAAAAAGAGAGGAGAAGUGACAUGUUGUCCUGGUUUGGGGAACGGUCUCAAGGACAUCAAACUAGUUGAUAGCACUUUUUUGAGAGGUUUUGCUGGGCAUUUUUUCUGUUUUCCGUGUGGAGCAGCGUGAAAGCUGUAUAAUAUACCAAGCCUAAGGGAAUGGUCUACAGCUUUGAGAGACACCUUGGAACUCGAAUAAACAUUUCAUGGAGUAAUUUGUCUGCCAAGAUAUCAGUCAGCAGUGAAGUCCAGUCUUGGACAGACAAUUGUUUGUCCAAUGAUUUGACAGUCUCUGAAUAAUAGCUUCAAGCCGUAAGAGUACGUGAAAGAGCAUGUGUUCAUAUGUGACUUAAUUCCAACUUGGAGACGGAAUUUGCAAUGAAAAAAUGGUGGCGUCAGAUUUAUUCUACAUGCACAUGUAUCCUACACCCACACAAGAGUGUGUAUGCAUAUGUACAUAGAUAAAAUUACAUUAAUAUUUUAUUAUAUACACCACUUAUCUGAGUAUGUUAAAUAACCACUAACCACACAAAUGUUUUAUUAUUUGUGUGCUUGCAUUCACUUUGUGUUGUAAUUCUCUUCGACAAGGCCCUUAGGAAAGCAAUACUUUUUUUGAUUUGUGUUCUUCUGUGGAUAUAAUUUAUGGAACAUCUCAAGGAACAGUCCUUGCAUGGAAGGACUUUCUCCUUCCUUUUUGUUUUUUCUUUUCUUUUCAUUUUGCUUGACAGAGGAAAUCUUUGCCAGUCUAUUUAAGAUUUAACUCGGCCUUAAACCAACUCUACAAAUGAUUGUUCAGGGAACAAGUGAAACCACUAUGCACCGUUGGAUGGUAAAUAAAUCUCAGAGAUAUCACAAGGAGCGUUAGUCUCCAUGAUUUAGGCUUCCACUUGACUCAGAUCUGUCCAUCCAACUGCUGAUUCAUGUGGAUGUGGUUCUCUUUGUCACAUUGUUAACUUUUACUCAGACAUUUAUGGUGAAUAACCUUGUUAAUCGAAAAUGAAAGUUUCACUGAAUCUAUUCACAUUUGUGAAAAGGCUGGUCAUGGCAUAUUUUUAUGACUAUAUGGAUGUAGAAGUCCAUAUAUCUCUGAAAUACGGUAUUUUUUAAAAUUAUGUAACAUAACAGCCUGCAUGGAGAAUGUGCUGUGUGACCAAAUGACAGGAUCUAAGUUUCUGAUCAGACUUUUAACAAUUUAAAAACGCUCUGUCAGUUUAGUGACAGCACAAACGUAUGACUUUCCAUUCAGAUCGCCAAACUCUGUUGAGAUCCACAUUGUGUAAAUACAAUAUAAAGAAAUCAAGAUAUGACAAAAUAUAUAUGAAUGAAUUAUAUAUGCUUUUAUUUUUUUAGUUUAGUGUGAAUGAACUACUGAGUGAGAGACCGACAACAAGAAAGAUGGCACCAUUCACGCACUGAAGCUUGGAAGCUCUUUUAUUUAUUUAUGUAAUUUUUUAAAGUUGUAAAUAGCUAUGGUUAUGUUCCUGUGGCAUACAGACAAAAGUGAGGCACAUGUAUAUGGCUUUUGGACAAAAGUUUCCAGAAUAAAGAUGUUUAGACCUGUCUGGCUAAGUAGAGGUACGUUAAAGUUCAAA